AGGUGCAUCUUCAGUGGUGAUCUGAUUUGUUUAUGCUUUGAAUCUGGAUUUCGAUCUGUUUUGAAACGUCGGCGAAGGCGUUGCGAUGAGUGAUAGGAUGAGCAGAAAUUUGACGGCCGCGUGUUGGUUGUCGUUGCUCACGUUUCUUAUAAUGAUCAUCGCGUUUUCUACUCCUUCUUGGUUGGCGAACGACGGACUCCUUCCUGAUCCGAAAUUUCAUAAACUUGCCUUUUUCACGGCGACGCAGACUUUCUUCACAUUUUCUUUCACGAUGGGAAUGUUGGUUUGUAUAGGUGUUCUUGCAUUCAAUUUCGUUUGUCCAACGAGCUGGGAAGUGCAAGCAUUGAGAAUCAUUGGGUGCGGAUCUGUUGGUGCUGGAAUAUUCGGUGGAAUAGCGGUGAUAAUAUUCGGUGCCCUGGGCGAUUCCCGGGAUUUCAUGCCACACUGGGAACACAAUUAUUUGAGCUGGUCGUUCGCAUUUGGAGUUGUGGGUACAAUGUUCCAGGUAAUAUCUGGUAUUUUGUUUCUUGUCGAGUCGAGGCGACUCCGCAAGCGUAUGGAAACAUCUGCCGGUGGAACCGGACUUGGAACUGCAUUUGCGAGUUAUCCUUCGGAUCGUCCUGUGAAUACACCAUGGAUGAAAUGGACAGGCAAUAUGCGAAAUGUGUAUGCCAUGGCUGCGACUGAUCGUCUUCUCGUAGCUGCUGGAGACGGGCCUGUUUACGUGUGGCCUUGGGAGCCCAUGUAUCGACAAGCAAAGCCCAAUCCCGUGAUACUCCAUAUUCUUCCGCAAGGCGAACCUGGUGAAAUCCACGGCAUCUCUUCUCUUCCCGGCACGAACUCCUUGCUAUUCGCCUGUUCAUCUGGACUAGUGUCGGUCGUCGAUCCACAUGCCGGCAAGACGAAGCAAUCCCUUCGAGCAUCGAAUACGAAGGCCGGAAGUAAACCCAGCGUUUUUUCAGUAGCGGCUAGAGAUGAAAACUGUAUAGUUGGUGGGCAGAGCGAUGGAAUAGUAUCCUUUUGGGACGUGAGAAAGGGAAAAGACCCUGCAUUCAGAAUUACUCCUGCUGAUUCAGUUCCCGAAGCUUCACCCGGAAGCGGAAGACUCGGUGUGACCGCCGUUGAUGUGCAUUCCGAUUGGAUGGUUUGUGGUGGCGGUAUGAAAGCCUCGUUGUGGCACAUCGGCUCCCGGAAAAUGUCAGUAACGUACGAAGCGGAUGCCUCGAGAGUCCUGUCUGUUUUAUUGAUUGGAAGUGAAAAUGGUUCCAAAAAGGGCCUCAACACCGUACUGGUGGCAGGGCAGUCUGAAUAUGUGUCCGGUUUCAAUUUGGAGGGUGUUGCGAAAGCACGGAUACCAACUUCGUCAACGUGUGUGUACAAUGUGAAUCACGGCUGGGAUUUCAAAGACGAUCGUCCGGUUUUGACUGCGUCUGGGACAAGUCAUAAGAUAAACGUUUUCGCCGAAGGCCUCCAUGCGUUAGACUUCGUGUUUUGAUCCGAUCUUGUUUUCGAAGUGAGAAUGAAAGGCUGAUGAUUUUGUAUGGUGAUGCGUGGACAUUUGUAAAUUAUUUUUUUGAGGAGGUUGCAAAUGUGCCCUGGUACGGUGUAUGAAUGCGUG